CCUGCUUCACCUCACAAACCGCAGAGAGUCUACGGCGGAGGCCCCGGAGGACCGAACGCCGCCGAGGGGAGCGCUUAGGCCGGGCAGUGGAGGGCACCCGCUUCGGGGAGGGCGGGUUUAGGUGGAGCUCCUGUCCCGUUUGAGGAAUGUGACACACGGACGAGAACUGCAUUCAAGUCGGCUGUUUAUUUCCCCCCAUACACACACACAGGACAGCGAAACUCUGCAAAAGGUAAAACCUGGGAACAAGCUGUGCUGCUACGUGAGGAGGGUCAACUUUUUGUAAAUCCAGAACUUUGACUUUGUAGUCACAUUCUGCAACAAUGCCACACCGGUCCCAAAGUUCAUCCAUUGGUGAUAAUCCUCUGGACCCAAACUACCUGCCCCCACACUACAGAGAGGACUACCGACUAGCCAUUGAUGCUCUGAUAGAAAAAGAUGUUCAGGGCUACUAUGAAUUCCUCAAUGCGGCUGAAGUGGUGGGUUUCCUGGCUCAGCCAGAAAUUGAGUACAUCAGAUCCACCUUCCAGGUGCCUGGCCAGACCUCAGGUGUUCCAGAGUUGAUGUAUUGCGAGACGGGUCAAGAUGAGGGCUCCUCAGACACCUACUGGCCCAUGCAGUCUGACCUGGCAGCGCCGGGGCUGGACCUGGGCUGGCCGAUACCUCAGCAGAGUUUCAUUGGACCCACAGAGGUCACCACUCUGGUCAACCCAUCGGAUCCUGACAUGCCGAGCAUCAAGGAGCAAGUUCGGAGGCUGAUCAAGAAUGCGCACCAUGUUAUUGCCGUAGUGAUGGACAUGUUUACAGAUGUUGACAUUUUUGCUGACCUCUUGGAUGCCGCAGCUCGCCAUGUUCCUGUUUACAUUUUGCUGGACCAACAGGAAGCCCAUCACUUUGUGUCCAUGGUCGUCAACUGCAAAGUCAACUUGGAUGCAAUUCAUAUGAUGCGGGUGAGGACGGUGCCAGGAAUAACCUAUUACUCCCGGACUGGAAAAUCCUUUAAAGGACAGGUGAAAGAUCGCUUUAUUUUGACUGACUGCAGAGCUGUACUAAGCGGAAACUACAGCUUCAUGUGGUCCUAUGAAAAGAUCCACCGCUGCAUCGCCCAUCUCUUCCUUGGGGAGCUUGUCUCGACGUUUGAUGAGGAGUUUCGCAUUCUCUUUGCCCAAUCAGAGCCUCUGGUCAUCGACCCAUCUGCUGCAGCUCUUGCUAUCCCAGAAACAAGCAGUUUCCUAAACCCCCAGAUUGGUUUGAAGAGGACACAAUCUUUGCGUAACCCAGCUGGUUAUCGGAGGCAGAUUGAGCUUCCCUCAGCCUAUCCUUACGGCGAGUCUGAACGCAACCCUGCAGCCCCCUUCCGGAGGAAUGACCCAUUUCGUCAAACUUUUGAUCCUGGUGCAGGAGUUACGGUCGGGAAAUAUUCCCAACAGCAAUUUCGUAUGCAGCAGACGUUCCUGGAACAGGGAAGGUCUAUUGUGUCAAGGCAAAUGGAGAUGAAUGCAAGCUCCUGGAAGAGGCACAGCUAUGCUGAAGGAACACAGGAAAACUACUCAUCUUCAAAGCAAUACAUGAAGAACAGAGUCAUGAAUGAUCUGGAUGAAACUGAUUUUCACAGGGAGCAGAUUCAAAGUAGUCAAUUCUAUAGUGAAGGACCUGGACCUGGAUCUUCUCAUGGACACUACAACAGACUUCAAGGCUAUGGUCAACAACUCCCUAUUGACCAGCGCUCAAACUCAAGCUUUCGUUCUGAUCUAGAACCUCCACCUGGAAACUAUGGCAACUACAUGUCAUCUGAAGAUUUACGAGGACCCGAGAAUCACUUUGCUCCUCCGUUGGCUGGGAGAUACGGAGGAGGCUCCUCCCAUAAGAGACCAACUAUGGGUCAGGCAUAUGCUUGCCAGACCUCACCGACCAAUCCCCACCCACCAGUAAAGAAACCCUUUCAGAAACAGUCUGAUCAAGAGCACGAGCAAGAUGAAAGCGUUAAGCACGGCCUCAGGAAUUGGAGAAUCAACUCUUUUUUAAGCACCUGUGAGGACGGCGGAGAAGAAGGCUUGAUUCAACCCAUUGGCUCUGAUGCUUUUGAUGAGCUCGCACCUUCUCAGCAACCAACUGUGACUGAAAGUUCAGUUCCACGCCAUGGAAUAAAGGAACCACCACUUGUUCCUUCCAAGCCCAGACUGGGCACCACAGUUCCGCGCUUUGGCAAGCCACAAUUACCUGAGAGGAAGAAUGACCCUGCCCCACUGUCAGCCAAAGACUUGCUUCCCUCACGCACCACCAUGAAACCACCUAUGUUUGAAAGAACAAACUGGGAGGCAAGGAGGGAAAAGGAAGAAGAGAAGGGAAGACAAAUAGAAGCAGAAGAAGUUAUGGAGGUAAAAGAGACAGCAGACACUUUUCUCUCCAGAAAUGACUCAUUCCGUUCCCGAGUCAACCCACUUCUCCAGCGCAGCUCUCGUCUGCGUUCCUCGCUUAUAUUUGCAUCCUCGAAGGGAGAGAUUCACAGCGGCAGCCUGGGUCUAAAGCCAGCGUCAGAACAAGAUGAGGAGCUGGAUUCAGUGCGCACUUCCUCCAUUGUGGCUCAGAUCCUAGAAAAAAGGAGGUCUUUUUCUCGUGAGCCUUAUGACUGGCGAAAGAAGGCUGAGGAGAGAAACAAGGAGAAAGAAAAGGAGAAAGAAGACAAAGUCAAAGAACAACAGCUCGGAGAAAAUAAGAUGCAAACAAAAGAAGAGAUUAAAGCAGAAGAAGAACCUCAGAAAACAAACAAAGAAACAGCACAGACUGUUGAGAAACCUACACCGACAAGUGAUCUAAAUGACCCUGCUGUUCGACAACAGUAUUUUAAAGAUUUUGCUGCGAAGAGAGAAGCUUCAAAAAUGGAAACGGAGCAGUUGCCAAAAGCCCCUGAGGCUGCCGAUAAGAAGCCAGACCUGUCAGCUAAACCUCCUGCCACACCUGCGACAGCUCCACAGACACCACAGACACCAACUAUAACCGUCACUUCAACAGAAUCUGCUCCCAAGAAACUGGACAUCUCUGCUAAACUGGCAGAGCUCACUCGCAGACCCUCCAUAAGUUCAUCAAAACCACCAAUCAUCACGGCCAAGCCGUUUGUGAGUUCGCUAAAGUCCGCCGAGACCUUGCAGUCUCAGAAAGAAGAGAAUGUGUCAGAGGGUCAAAAGAAAGACACACUCAAGUCUUUUAAACCUCUUCCUUCACCAAAGCUCUUCAGGAAGGACUCAUUCCAGAAUAAAGGCCUGAAUCCACGUCGCAUCUCCUCUGGAGAAGAGAUUCUAAUCACAGAUGCAACAGAUGCUGAAAAGAGUGAAAUGAAGAAAAGCCGCUCUCACAGUUCUUCAACUCUGUCCCGUGAAGACUCUAAAGAAGGACUUCGAAAAGUAAUGGGGUCUAAUGCAUCCAUUAACACGAUCGGUGAGGGCAAGAGUGAAGGUAAGCCUCUUGACUUUCUAAAGAAGCAAACGCAGAGAUUAAAAGGAUUGCUAGGACCCAAAGACAAAGAAAAGAAGCCCUCAGGAGACAAGGCCACAAGCACAAGUACAGAGGUAAAUGAGGAUCCCAGCAAAACACAGACAUUGGAUAAAAAUACAAAGUCCACUGUUGCUGAUCACUUGUCCACAAAUCAUAAAACAUCGACUGGAACAUCAGUCUCGUCAAGGUACCAGUCGCCCGGAAGCUCACUUUUGUACAGCAGUAACUUGCGAGACGACACAAAAGUCAUUUUGGGGCAAAUCUCUGCCAACAGCCAGAAGAACCGUCAGGAGCGAGAAGAAAUGGGGUCUAACCUGGAUGGAACAGCUUCGGAGAAGGGGAUAGAAACCCAGAGCGUUGCAAAAAAGAAUCGAUUUCUGCGUCCUCAAAGCAACAGCAACGAGCGAGAGGGGUUGCUGAGGAGGAUAGAGAGCUUCAGGAAGGAGAAGAAAGUCUACAGCCGCUUUGAGAUGGGGAAUAACCUGGUAUAACCAAAAAUGAAGCAGCAACCUUUAACAUGGAGACUACUUGCCAUUAUGUGCCAACGCCUACUCAUCCAAGAGCCUCUAGAGCCCCACACUGUGGCCUUCUCUGGAUGUAGUGCAAGAUGUAAUAAAAGCUAAAAGAUUUUUUAUAGAAAACGCUGAAAACAAAUGAAAGUCGGCGACUUGGAAAUGUGUCUUUUUGCCAAGACUCAAUCCCACUUUUACCUUGUAUGGUGACUCGGAGGGGAAAACAAUUGUGUUGGCACUCAGAUCGCAGGGGCUAAUGUUCCAGCAGACAGAAAAAAGCUGGGGCACAUUCACCUAAAACUAAGCCUCUUUAACUGCAUUCAAGGAGAGGACUGAACGACGUUCCUGACUUGGAGGAGAUGGGGGGAAAAUGCAUCAGACUUGCAGCAGAGAGAAUAAAAACAAGUACCUUCUGGUGAAAACUGGCAUGUAUUCAACCUCAAGUGUAUAGUUCCAAUGUAGUGUGCAUCUGAAACUGUGUGCCUUUUCAUUUUGAAACCAAAAAUGGUCUGUCGGUUUUAUUGUGCCAAGGGUUCACAGAGAGUAUUACCGAUAGAAAAGAACAGUGUACAUUGUAUAGAAAAGCAAGCAGCAGAGUAAAUAAAAGGUUAAAAAUUAAUAAGAGCUCAUCAAACGCAUGCGGUUAUGCUCGCGCUAGCACAAUAGAGUUUGGAUUAAAAAAACAAACUUUGCUGAACUUUAGUCUCUCAAGAGUACCUUUUAAUCAAGGUGUGGAGUCACAUCUCAGGGCUGAAGAUAAUAACCCAUUCAAGGAGAGGACUGAACGACGUUCCUGAUCACAGGAAUUAAGUAAAUACAGAUCAAUCCUGUAAACAAUAAAAUAAGAGUUUUUUGUGGUUUAAAUAAAAUGUAAAGCAUCUACAGAUGCUCUGAGUAUUUAUAAAAAUAGAUCCAGGUUUAAAUUGAUAGAGAAGCAUCACCUCAACAUGUUACAUAACAUGUCAGGCCUACGCCCUAAACAGAACUCUUUUGUUGGUGGCUAAAGAGUAUUAUACCUAAGACUUAGUCAUAUGCUUGAAUACUUACUGUUGCAAAAAACAAACCAAAAACUCCUUCAUUUCUCGGAGAGCUAUGAAGAACACUAACAGUUUACACAGAGGGGUGGUUGAUAGAGUUUUUCCAAAAUAAAAACCUCCUGUAUUUCUCAUACAGGGUGGGUUUUAGGAGACAAAAGUGCUGCAUACUGUACAAAGAACAUAUAAACCUGAGAAUGAGUGAUUAGGAAACACUGUAAAGGGCUUGUUCAUGUUUUCAGUCAUUUAAUAAGACCAUGACCAAGCUUGAUGUACUGAAAGAAUGCUAUACUUGUAAAGGUAUGUACACUAAUUUGUAUAAAAGAAUUGAGGUUAAUGAGUGUAAAUCUGUUGCACAAGGGCUUGUUUUUGGCUGUUCGACCCCAAAUAGUGUUAAAAUUGUGAUUGGAGAAACCGUUUUUAUUAAAGAUGUUAAAAACAA